AUGAUGUUGAUGAUAUGCCGGAACUUGUUGUCAGAUUCCAAGGAGAUGAUGACUAUGAAUCAGAUGACGACGAUUCGGGUGAUGAAGGCAAUGAAGAGGAAGAACCUAUUGUGGCCGAUUUGGAUCACCAUCAAGAAAAUGUUGAUAGAGGAACCGAUGAUAUUUGGGAGCCUCGUUACUGAUCUGGAGGAUCUACAAGAACCGCCAGAACAAGAGAUUGUAUUUGAGCCUGAAACGCCUCAAGUAGCAAAAGUCACUCGAUCUGGGCAAACGUAUGCGCAAGCUACAAUGUCAGGGCUGAACCUUUCUCAGGUUCCAAAGAAACCAAGAGAAUGGCCUUCGAGCAGGAGUGGCAGUUCUGCCAAUAAGAACAAGAAUCGAGUUGCGACAAGACGCAAGCAUCAAGAGAGGGAAAUGAAACAGUUAAAGGACAAAUUGAAGUCUGGUAUUCGUACCAAAGAGGGAAGUCGCAGUACUAUGCUAGACGAUAUGGGUGUUACUAUUGACCCGACUGCAGCUGGAGACCACAAGCCUACAGCUGAGCGAAACAAUCGAACGCUGAAAGAAAGAGUUAGAGUAGCUCUUGCACGAUUACCCUACAAA